AUGUCUUACCAUACUGUGACAUCUGUAUCCAAGGUGUAUGCUGAUGUUUUGGCAACGAAACCUCAAGCGUAUUGGGAUUAUGAAAAUAUUAAUAUAAAAUGGAAUGGACAAGAAAACUAUGAAAUUAUUAAAAAAUUAGGAAGAGGGAAGUAUUCCGAAGUUUUUUUAGGAAUAGAGUUAACUAGAGGAGAAAAGGUAGUUAUUAAGGUAUUAAAACCGGUUAAAAGAAAGAAGAUUAAGAGAGAAAUAUCAAUCUUGAAAAAUUUAGUUGGUGGACCAAAUGUAAUUGGUUUAUUAGAUAUUGUGAGAGAACCACAACUGAAAACUCCAAGUUUAAUUUUUGAACAUAUAGAUAAUAUUGAUUUCAGAACUUUAUACCCUACAUUUACUGACUAUGAUAUUAGAUACUAUAUGUAUGAGUUAUUAAAAGCUUUAGAUUUUUCUCAUUCAAUGGGUAUUAUGCAUAGAGAUGUUAAACCUCAUAAUGUAAUGAUUGAUCAUGAACAUAAAAAAAUUAGAUUGAUUGAUUGGGGGUUAGCUGAAUAUUACCAUCCGGGUACUGAAUAUAAUGUUAGAGUUGCUUCUCGUUAUUUUAAAGGUCCAGAAUUAUUAGUUGAUUUCCGACUUUAUGAUUAUUCUUUAGAUUUAUGGUCUUAUGGUUGUAUGUUUGCUUCAAUGGUUUUCAAAAAAGAACCUUUCUUUCAUGGUAAAUCAAAUACUGAUCAAUUGGUUCAAAUUGUAAGAGUCUUGGGUUCAGAUGAUUUACAUAAAUAUUUACAAAAAUAUAACUUGACUCUAAGUGAAGAAUACGAAGAUUUAGGUUAUUACAAUAGAAGACCCUGGGUCAGGUUUGUUAAUGAAAAUAAUCAACAUUUAGUUUCAGACGAAUUCCUCGAUUUAAUCGAUAAAUUAUUAAGAUACGAUCAUCAAGAAAGAUUAACUGCCCAAGAAGCAAUGAACCAUCCUUAUUUUUACCCAAUAACUAAGAAUCUUUAA